AUGAGCGUGGGCCCUCUCAGCCCGGGCACCCGCCGGCGACUCCUCCAGGGCCAGCCAGGCCGCCUCCCAGCACCACUGUCCAGCGGCGUGGCCAUCUUCAUCAGCUCCACAGUCUCGGGUAAGAUAUGGACGCGGAGAGGGAAGCUCUGCAAAACUCCGCCUACCCCGAUACAAACCUUCUGUCGGAAGCACGGCCUGACAUUUGAGAUUGUUGAUCUGAGGUGGGGUAUUCAAAACACGGAGGCCACUGACCAGAUCACCACGGAACUCUGCUUGGAGGAGAUCGACCGAUGUCGGAAAGCAUCGAUUGGGCCAGCUUUUGUGGCCCUUGUAGGUGACCAGUACGGGCCCUGCCCAGUUCCUCCACUGAUCGAGGAGAAGGAGUGGGAGGCACUGAGGGCCCAGCUGACAACCAGGCCACGUGAGCUGGAGCUGGUGGCACGCCGCUUCCGGAAGGACGAGAACGCUAUUCCUCCUGCCUACGUGCUGCAGGGCACGGGCGCUGGGGAGACUCGCGGGCCCGAGGAGAUCACCCUGACCUCUGCCCUUCGUGCUGGGGCCCAGGAAGCCUGGAGGCUGGGGCUCAUUACCCAGAAGCAGUGGCAUCGCUACCACUGGUCAGUCAUUGAGUGGGAGAUCGAGCGUGGCCUGCUGAGCUCAGAAGACGGGGACCAGGGUGCCACCAUCUUCCUGCGUGAGAUCCAGGACCUCAACAGACAUAUCCUGGAUGACUGUGCCCUGCGGCUGGUGGACCGGCUUCCAGAUGGCUGCCUGGACACAGACGCCCAGAACCUUCUCAGCAGCCUCAAAGGGCGCAUUGCUGAAGAGCACCCCGAUGCCCUCAAGACCCACCACCUGCCGUGGAGCCGUGACCUGGUGAACCCAAAGAACAAGGCCCACGCCCGGUACCUGAAGGAGCUGGGGGAGCAGUUUGUGACCAGGGCCAACUACCAGGUCCUGCAGCAUAUCCGUGAGCUGGAGGCGGCCACGCAGGACCUGGCCUGGCUGUACCAGGACAUCCGCCACCACCUGGGCCAGAGUGCCGAGGCUUCACGCACCUUCUGUGGCCGCCGGGAGCUCCUGGCCCAGUUCGGGCAGCGGCUACGGCAGAGCCACAGUGCCCCCCACAGCCCCUUGGUGCUCUAUGGACCCCCAGGCAUCGGAAAGACAGCACUGAUGUGCAAACUGGCCGAGCAAGUGCCAGGACUUCUAGGUCACAAGACGGUAACGGUCCUGCGUCUUCUGGGGACCUCACAGAUGAGUGCCGACUCCCGUGGCCUGCUCCAAAGCAUCUGCUUCCAGGUGUGCCUGGCCUUCGGGCUGCCCCUACCACCUGCCCAGGUCCUGGAGGCCCACACCAGAGUGGUCCAGUUCUUCCACAGCCUCCUCCACACCGUGUCCCACAGAAACUUCGAGGCCCUGGUCAUCCUUCUGGAUGGCCUGGACGACCUCGACACUGUCCGCCACACCCGCAGGGUCUCUUGGCUGCCGCCUCAGUGCCCCCCGAGGGUCCAUCUCAUCCUCUCGGUGUGCUCAGGGCAGCAGCAGGGGAUGCUGGACACAGUGCGGCAGACACUCCCAGACUCCGGGGCCUACUGGGAGGUGAAGCCCCUCUCUGCGAACCAGGGGCAGGAGAUGAUUCAGCUCCUGCUGGUGGCCGCGAGGAGAACGCUGAGCCAGGCCCAGAAGGACCUGUUGUGGGCCAGCCUCCCCGAGUGCGGGCACCCGGGCCUCCUGAGGCUAGCCUUCGAGGAGGCCCGGAAGUGGGCCUCCUUCUCCGUGCCCGCUCCUCUGGCCUCCACUGCCCAGGAAGCCACGCACCAGCUAUGUGCCCGCCUGGAGCAGACGCAUGGCCAGCUCCUGGUAGCCCACGUUCUGGGCUAUAUCGUGGCUUCUCGGCACGGGCUCUCAGAGGCGGAGCUGAAGGACGUCCUGUCCUUGGAUGAUGAAGUCCUGCAGGCUGUGUACCGGGACUGGACGCCACCCAGCAAGGAGCUGCUCCGUUUCCCACCACUGCUGUGGGUGAGGCUCCGGCGAGACCUGGGCACCUGCUUGGCCCGGCGGCCCAUGGACGGCUCCAUGCUCUUGGCCCUUACCUACAGACAGCUGGCUGAAGUGGUCCGCGAGCGCUACCUGUCUGGGUCCGAGAGACUCAAACGGCAUGGCAUCCUGGCCGACUUCUUCUCGGGGGCCUGGAGCCAGGGCACCAAGAAGCUCAUCACCCUGCCUCUCCUGGGGAAGCCACUGAACCUGGACCGCAAGGUGGCCCCUCAGCCCCUCUGGUUCUCAGACACUGUCGCAAACUUACGGAAGCUGAAGGAGCUACCCUUCCACCUGCUCCAUUCAGGCCGCAUCGAGGAACUGAAGCAGGACGUGCUGGGCAGCAUGAGCUGGAUCUCCUGCCAGGCCAUGUCCCGGGGCCUCGAGGCCCUCCUGGAUGACUUUGACCUGUGUGCCCCGCAUGUGGACUCCCCCGAAGUCGGCCUGGUCCGUGAGGCGCUGCAGCUCGCCCGCCCUGCCAUGGAGCUCCGAGGGCCGGAGAGAAGUGUCCUCUACACGGAACUCCUGGCCAGACUCCAUUUCUUUGCCACCUCACACCCGACACUGGUGGGGCAGCUGUGCCAACAGGCACAGAGCUGGUUCCGGGCGUGUCCUCACCCAGUGCUGGUGCCCCUCAUAGGGUUCCUCCAGCCCCCUGGCGGGCCCCUCCUGGCCACCCUCACUGGCUGCCACAAAGGCAUCACUGCGAUGGCAUGGAGCCUGGAAGAGCUGCUGCUGGUGGUUGGCACGCAGGAUGGCACCGUGGCUGUUUGGGACAUGAAAGAGCACCAGGUGACCCACAUGCUCACUGGGCACACAGGAGAAGUCAGGUGUGUGAAAGUGUUUGCCAAAGGGACACUUGUCAUCUCCGCUUCCAAGGAUCACACACUGCGCUUGUGGAACUUACUCUCUGGCAAGGAGAAAUUCAUCAUCUGGGAUGGCAGGUCAAAAAAUCCCACCGAACCUCAGUUCUGGAACCUUCAUGUGGAUGAAGCAAACAAAGUUGUGUAUUCAACGUCUGGCUCAAAGGUUAAUGCAUGGAAUCUGGAAACCGCAGAGCCUGUGUUCCGUCUCCUGGGUGACACCUCUGACACCUGGGUGUGUACAGCAGUGUUUGCCUCCCAGACCCAGCUGCUGAUGGUGUCCAUGAAUGGCAUGGUCAGUCUGUGGAGCUCAGCCACAGGGAAAUUGCAGGGGAAGCGACAUCUGUCCAGUGUCAAAGAAGAAACACCCACGUGUGGGGUUGCAGUCCAGAAACAAGGAAAGUUGGUGACUGGGUUCAGCAGUGGCUCCGUCUCUCUGGUUUCCUCCAAAGGAGACAGACUGCUAGAGAAGCUUCCGGAAGCUGUGAGGUUCCUGGUGAUCUCUGAGGAUGAGUCCCUUCUCGCUGCAGGCUUUGGAAGAUCUGUGCGGAUAUUCUUGGCUGACUCACAGGGCUUCCACCACUUCAUGGCCACAGAUCUGGAACACGAGGACAUGGUGGAAACGGCUGUCUUUGGUCCCAAUAACAAUCUAAUUGUCACAGGAUCCCAUGACUCACUCAUUCAGGUAUGGAGUCUAUCGGAACAAGGCACCUUGCUGGACGUCCUCGAAGGUGUCGGAGCCCCCGUGAGCCUGCUGGCCCGGGGCGGGGCCUUGGUGGCAUCUGCUUCCCAGCAGUCCUCAUCUUUCAAAGUCUGGGAUCUCACCUAUGCUCAGAAGCCCAGAGUCUCUGCUCCCUUUCUGGACCGCACUGGCCUCACUGCUGUGUCACACAAUGGAAGCUACAUCUACUUCCCCAAGAUUGGGGACAAAAACAAAGUCACCAUCUGGGACUUGGCAGAAGGCGAGGAACAAGAUGCUUUGGACACCUCCAAUGAAGUCAGGUGUCUGGAGGUGGCUGAGCAGACCAAGCUCCUCUUUACUGGCCUCGUCUCUGGAAUUGUCCUCGUAUUCCCCCUAAACUCCCGGCAGGAUGUGAUGUGCAUCCCUCCUCCAGAGGCCCGCAAAGCCAUCAACUGCAUGUCACUGAGCAAGGGUGAGGAGCGCCUGGCCAUCGCUUAUGACAACAUCGUCCUGGUGCUAGACAUCAGUCCUGGGGACCCCUGUCCCGUCAUUGAUGGGCCAACCUACACCUUUUAUACCCAGCUGCCUGAGACCAUCUCCAGCGUAGCCAUUCUGGCUGACUGUCGGGUGGUCUAUGGCAUGACAAACGGCGACCUCUUUCUCUAUGAGUGUGCCAACUCCAAGGUGUUCCCUUUGGAAGCCCACAGGAGCCGGGUCACCUGCGUGGAGGUCAGCCACAAGGAAGAGCUGGCUGUGAGUGGGUCAGAGGAUGCCCUGCUGUGCCUCUGGGACCUGCAGACAUGCAAAUGGAAGUUCAAAAUGAGCUACACGGUGCGCACCCUGCUGACUGUCCAGUUUGUCCAUGCUGUGGUGAACAGAAUUAUCCCAACCUCAAAUGGUUUCAUUGCUCCCACCAGACACGGUUAUCUCAUCCGUGAGCGUUUCCAAUGCCCUUCAUCAAGAACCUCACAGCAGGACCCUAUCAAGAACUUCAAGAAGGCAGUGUGGCUGGUCAAGUCCAGGCAGAGAGAAGAGCUGGCCACCACGGCAGGAGCACCCCAGGACUCAGAGAGUGCUGAGGGAAAUGAAUCCAAACCAAACAAACGUUCACAAGUCUGUCUAAUAUUGUAG